AUGCCCGUACUCGAUUUGAAACUAUACACUACAAUUUCCGUAUGUGUUGCCUUAGUGGCUUUUUUAUAUUCCUGUGAUAUUUUUACUUUACCUUUCACAACCUUUUCUUUCCAAAAAUGGUUUCUAUUCACAUCUUCCUUGACGCAAGUUGACAACUCACAAAACGAAGCUGGAGCUGAUCUCUCUACAGAACAUCGGUCGUCGUCUUCUAACAGUUUUGAUGAGCCAUGGGGAGUUCCGGAAAAAAGUCCACACGUUGCCACUUCAGUAUUUCAAAAUAUGCUAGCUGAGAGGUAUCUAACGCCGCGAAAGCCAGUGGGAUCUAUGGGACCUUUCCUCACAUCACUUUUCAAUUUUCUGCAGAAAGAAAAGACAUGUGUGAUGAUAUUUAUCAACAUGGCUUAUUGCUUUUUAUUUCUCCUUGGAAGAUUGACUUUAAAAUUCUUUUUUGGUCAAUUGCGAGUUAUCGAAAGUCAGCAUAUGUAUGAUAGGCUUCUCAACUUUCUUCUGUUCAAAGUAGUUUUUGUGGGUGCGAUAUUGGAACCAAAAUGGGAGGAGCUACUUAUUUGGACAACGUGGUUUACCAUUCUAGGAUUUCUGAGGAUAUUUAGCAUGCUUUGUCGAGAUAGAUUUGAACAUCUUGCAUUGACCCCAAAUACACCAAUUCAAGAUCAUUUGCGCAUUUUGUCACUUUUGAUCCUUAUUUUAAUCUCAGAUAUAUUUUGGUUCAUAAUGUGCAUAUCAAUUUUCAGAUCGAUGCUGUUGCUUCUGACGUUUGAAUGCUUUACACUUUUUCUGGAUACUGUUCAAACUCUCGUGAAAUAUGUAAUUCAUCUAAGAGACCUCUCUAGAACUGGUGUUUGGGAAUCUCGUGGACUUCUUUUAUAUUAUACAGAAUUUGUUACAGAUACUUUAAUACUUGUUGCCACGCUUGGACAUUAUUUGCAUAUAAUG